AUGCAGGCCAGUGCUCCGCCUGCGUCUGUGGCGGACCGUCGCGACUCCGCGAAGGUCUCGGACGACAUCAGGUCAAGCCCCGCCUCGAUCACCAAUGGGCCUGAUCGUCCACCAACCCAAGGUCCGCAGGGCCGCCAGGGCCACCAGAAAAUUGUCUUCACCGAUCCUGUUGCACUGCGAUAUCUCGAAGAGGACCCCUCCACCGACGUCCUGCACCGUCGCACUACCCUCCAGGGCUACGAGAUCUACAUCGUCGAACAAUGGGCCUGCUCGCGCAUCCAUCCGACCUUUGUUAUUGCAACCUAUACUGGUGACACCUCUCAUACCGUAAUCGUGGGCGUUCUCAGCGUGCCGACCGAGGAAUCAACAUGGUCCCCGCGCCUGCGGCUGUACUUUAAUGCGGUCAAGCAAUAUGGCGCACGACGGAAGGAGACACCUGUGGGGAUUGUCAUGGUCACUGACUUGGGCUCAUUCCCGUCGGCCCUCACGGUGAUCCCGGUUCCUGAAGGCGACAUCAAGAAACACCGAGAAGACUUCAUCGUAAACGAAAAUCUAAAACGGCUCGGCUGCGCGGGUCGUGCGGGUCUGAAGCUGCAGCCUCCCCUGCCAGCAACAGAGGCUAAGUUCCAUCAACUAUACCGGGCCAGUGAGCGCAUCCCUCUCUACAACGCAGUUAUCGAACUCGUCAAGCAGUGUCAAAUCGCACUGAUGGUGUUUGACAAACUGGCGCCCGAGUACGUGGAUGGUUUGUUAUGUGAUGUAACAGAAGCAUCUAUCAGCGAUUGGUGGACCGAUAUUGGGACCGAGCUAUAUAAUAUCGAACCCAGCGAUGGUGCUCUGGGCCCCACGAGCGUGGCUGCCCUGUUGGGAACUCUCUUGGGAGCUCGGAAUCGGCUCCACGCCUAUGGUGCCCCUGUGGGAAAAGAUGCGUUUGAUAUCGAUAAUUUGAAGAGAGGUAUUGGUGGAUUCCAAAAGUCUCAAAAGAUGACGCGAUCCAGAAGACUGGACCGACAAACGUUGGACAAGCUACACCGUGCCACGGCCAAGGCGGCGAACUCGGAAGGCUGGACCGAUGCCGUCAAAUCCACCAUGGCGGAGCUCAGCGGCCAAGGUGGGGAGAUGGUCAUGGGAAUGGUUCGUGGACGAGAGAAAGGCGGUAUUGCAGACAUUGAGACUCUUGAUCUCGACAAUUUCGUUCAGUGCUGCUAUGGGUCAAGGGCAAAAUACCUUUGGCUGGGAAAACCCCGCAAAAGCGGCCUCGAUAAUGGGUUCACCCGGGGACCCGGAACAGACAUGAUGUUCACGACAGACGAUCAGGGCCGUUAUGUCUGGACGAGUCGGAGGAAACACUCGACCGAGGAUUUGCAUACCGAGCGUGUAUCGUCUAGCCUUGAUCGGCCAUGGAAGGAGCCCGAAUCGAUACCCGCGGAAGAAAGAGAUCAUCGAAAAAAAGGCGUUAGUGGCAGAGUAUCAGACGCCAGGGCUGGCCUUGGACGGUUUAAGGAUGCCGUUGGGUUGCCCGGGCUUCGCUCACACCAUCACAAACAAAUACCCCGAGAAGCCGCGGGCUUGACCCAUGACGCUGCAUAUCAACCGCAACUUGACAGCGAUACUGAGGUCUCGGCCUCCAAAACUAAACCGGGCUCGAGUCUACCAUCAGAAACCAAACUGGGAGAUGAAUUUGGAACUCAACCAGAAGAUGAGCAAAAUGCCCAAGCACCCGGCACGAUCGACACUGCCGCGGAGCUUAAGCCGCCUGAAAUCCACAUCGAGACUGCACCACCAGCAGCCAGACCAGAAGAGCAAUCGGAACAGGCCGAUAAAGUUUCAGACCUGCAGCGCAUUCCAACCGUGGAGGAAGAGGAGUCAGAUAUCGAGCGUACAAGGACUCGAUCUACUGCGGCAUCAAGUGAGCGAGACAGAGACGAACCAGCGGCCGGUUUGGCUUUGAUGGCCCUCCGCCGGGCUCAGAGCUGUGAAGAAAUUCGCAACAUAGAGAAUGACAGUGCUCGGCGAGACAAUUCUUGCCCGCGACAUCUGUCUUUCAGCAAUGUCGAAGAAGUGGUACUCACCUGGGACCUGCCGGGCGGCCAACCGACGGUCAAAGACACCAGCGAUCUUGUGGAGGCCAUUGAGCAAGAAGACAUGCUCGCCUCUGAUGCCCGUAUCUUUACAUCUCGCAUCCUAGACUUGACCGAGAACACCGUGCCCUGGGUGGAGCGCCAGGUAGGCUCUGUCGACGGCCUCAACCAAAUCAUAUAUGAUCGCCAUGAAGAACUUAACGCCGUGUACCUGGAACGCUUCGGCGAUUACCAGCGGCUGCGGGAACGAUCUAGCGAUCUUCUGAGCGAUGAGCACGCGCAUCUCACAGACAGCGUGAGGCGAGUCGAGCUGUUGGGUGCCAAACUGGAUUACGAGUUGCACGUCCUCGAAUCAAAGGUGGAGGACAUGGAGGAAGGCGUGACGGAUUUUGAGCGACACAUAAUCAAUCUGGAAUCCCGUGUCAAAGGUCUCCUGCAAGGCGAAGAAGAGCAAAGUGUGUCACGGGUGACGUGGCUACGUCGGUCGAUGGGAUUCCCGGCGCAAUGA